CAGUGCGCAUGCGCCGUCCCUCUUUGUGGCCCCUGUCUUCUUGAUUGUUGUCUGGUCUUCAGGGACCCGUUCUGUCAUUAAAUCCAGGGGUAGCAGUGCAAAGACACAACUCGAUUUGCACCAGUUAUUCAGUUUCACUGUGAAAACACACAUUUCCCGUUGUUAGAAACGGACAGAAACCGAUUUGUAUUCAGCCGCCGGGGCGUCGACUGGCCAACAGAGCAUCCAUCCAUCCUUUCAUAAGCUAGCGUUAGCCGAGAGGCAGGGGGACCGCUGAGCGUCAAAAAUGUCUGGUUAUCAAGGAAAGAAGAACAUCCCACGAAUUACAAGUGACCGUCUCCUCAUCAAAGGAGCGAAGAUAGUAAACGAUGAUCAGUCCUUCAUGGCAGAUAUUUACAUGGAAGAUGGAGUCAUCAAGCAAAUUGGAGACAACCUCAUUGUUCCAGGCGGCGUGAAGAUCAUCGAGGCUCACGGACGCAUGGUGAUGCCCGGGGGGAUCGACGUGCACACCCGAUUCCAGAUGCCCGACCGAGGCAUGGUGGCAGCGGACGACUUCUACCAGGGCACCCGGGCUGCUCUGGCUGGGGGCACAACCAUGAUCAUUGAUCACGUGGUGCCGGAGCCUGGUGUCGGCCUGGUCGCUGCUUUCAAACAGUGGAGGGAGUGGGCCGAUGGCAAGUCCUGCUGCGAUUAUUCCUUGCACGUGGACAUCGUGGAGUGGCACAGAGGCUUGCAGGAGGACAUGGAAGCGCUGGUGAAGGAUCAUGGUGUCAACUCUUUCCUGGUCUAUUUGGCUUAUAAGGAUGCUUUCCAACUUUCUGACUCUCAGAUCUACGAGGUGUUCAGCGUGGUCAGAGAUCUUGGAGCCAUUGCUCAGGUCCAUGCUGAGAACGGAGACAUUGUUGCAGAGGAGCAGAAACGCAUAUUAGAGCUUGGGAUCACCGGUCCUGAAGGCCACGUGUUGAGUCGCCCAGAGGAGGUGGAGGCUGAAGCAGUCAACCGCUCCAUCACCAUCGCCAACCAGACCAACUGCCCCCUCUACGUUACGAAGGUGAUGAGUAAGAGUGCGGCUGACAUCAUUGCUCUUGCUAGGAAAAAGGGUGCCGUGGUUUACGGGGAGCCUAUAUCUGCUAGCCUGGGCACAGAUGGUACCCAUUACUGGAGUAAGAACUGGGCCAAGGCCGCAGCCUUUGUCACCUCUCCACCGCUCAGCCCUGAUCCCACCACCCCCGACUACCUCAGCUCUCUGCUGUCAUGUGGGGACCUGCAGGUGACUGGUAGUGCUCACUGCACUUUCCAUACUUCUCAACGUGCAGUAGGCAAAGAUAACUUCACCAUGAUUCCAGAGGGCACCAACGGCACUGAGGAGAGGAUGACCCUUAUCUGGGACAAAUGUGUGGUGACAGGAAAGAUGGAUGAAAACCAGUUUGUGGCGGUAACCAGUACAAACGCAGCCAAGAUUUUCAACCUGUACCCGCGCAAAGGCCGCAUCGCUGUGGGGUCCGAUGCCGACCUUGUGUUGUGGGACCCUGAUAUGACCAAGAUCAUCUCAGCUAAGAGCCACAACCUGGCUGUGGAGUAUAACAUCUUUGAGGGGACUGAGGUACGUGGGGUUCCUCUGGUGGUGAUCAGCCAGGGCAAGAUUGUGUUGGAAGACGGUACCCUUCACACCAUGGAGGGCUGUGGACGCUACAUCUGCCGUAAACCCUUCCCCGAUCACGUGUACAAGAGGAUAAAGGCUCGCAGCAGGCUGACGGAGCUGCGAGGAGUCCCCAGGGGCCAGUACGACGGGCCGGUGUGUGAGGUGACUGUGACUCCCAAAGUGAUGUCCACGGUGUCCUCUGAGAAGACGUCCCCCUCUAAGCAGCAGCAGCAGCAGUUCAUUCACCAGCCGGUGCGCAACCUCCACCAGUCUGGCUUCAGUCUGUCCGGGGCCCAAAUUGAUGACAACGUACCUCGUCGCACGACCCAGCGCAUCGUGGCGCCCCCUGGUGGAAAAGCUAACAUUACCAGCCUGGGCUAAGCUGCUUCCUGAAUGGAGCUGGGGUGCAGGGAGACGCCGGUUACUAAAGUCACAUCACAUCUCCCACUCACCCUGCACCCACACUUCUAAUUUUGAUUUACACAUUACCACCAUGUCACCUCAUGCAAAACAAACAAACAAAAACAACAACAAGGCACUACUUCAUGUUUUUCACCUUUCCUACCAUAUUUCACUUAAACUUGCUUGUUUACAUUUUUUUUCUGCACACGUUUAAACGGUUUUCCAAACAGAUCAGAAUGCUUGACAAGGACCCAUUAGAAGCAGAGAAGCUUUUCUUUUGUUCCUCAUGUCUUAGUUUAGAUUGUCAUGUUUCUUAAAAAUUUUACUUAAACACAUCCAUCCACAGGAGGGCGUCCACAUCCAGAUAUAAUAACAAAUAAACAAUAAGUCCACAUCAUAACUAUAGAGAAUAAUCGUGCCAAACAGGAUGAUUGGGAUCAUUUUUGAAGGGAUUUGAUAAAAGAUUUUUAAAAAAUCCUAAAAAUUUGAAUUGAUCAUUUUUACCCUUCUGUUUAUAAACAAAAAGUUCUUGUUCUUCAUGUGGAUUGCCCUCAAAUCUCUGUUUCUUGAACUGUUUUUGACCAAAUUGCACGACUGAUUAUGAAAAAUCGGAAAACUGGAGUAAUUUAAUGGCAGAAUCUUUUUUUCUCUUUAGUGUUUCACAGGUUUUACUUGCAGUAUUUGAUGUUUGUUUGUUUUCUCCUCAGCGGAGCGGUUCACCCAUGUCUUCCUUUUUGUGUUACACUUCUCCCUUUUUUAUAUAUAUAAAUGGACGGUUUGUGUUUCAUGAUGUCAUUUUUUUUAAAACUAACUGCACUGAAGGGGGAAAAAAAGAGGUUGUUUCAGGGUCAAACCACUGAGAUUGGGGGGGAGUGGGGUGUCAGGUGGCUCACUCAUGGUAUUUUUAUGUUCAAGAAAUGGGAACGUUUGCUCUCGUUUCGUCAUCCUUGUGUUUUUUUCCGGAGGGUUAUCAGGGCAACAAGCUUCCUAGAGUCAGACCAGCGUAUGUCGGUUAGCAAGCAGAUGGACGCCGAGAAUUUAUUUAUUUAUUUAUUUUCUUUUUCACGACCACCUCUCUGCACCUGGUGCUAUCUGACCUUCGCUCCGCACGAGCAGACACAAAGCCGUUACCGAAGCGCCGUGUUUGUAGCAGCUGAAGUCGAGUCACCGUUCACCCGAUUUAGACGGAAAUCUGUUUUGCACCUGUAACAAUCCAAAUAGUAAAUGUGUAUGUGAGAUUGCAACUUUGUACCGGAUAUGUUCGUAUGUUUAAGGAUAUGUGUUGAACUAUUUGCCUGCCCGUCCUGUAAUUUAUUGAUAGCACACUGUAUCUAUGAAGGCUCGUUAAAGAGGCGAAGAGAUGAUCUUUUGAGACCUGAUGAAAACUUUUCUGUAUGUAUAAGGAACAACUCACAAUGUGCUGAUGAUGUGUCCACUGUUCUUGGUGUUGGUGUCGUGAAUGAACUUUACCAGAUGCUGUAUAUUGUUCCCCUAAUCUUUCUAUUUACCACCCCCAACGUCAUUAACACUGGAUUCAGCAAACCGCAUCAAGUUGUCAGUCGUCGGAAACUGAGCCACUCAGCAAACGCUGGCUGGAUUAUUUCUCAUCAUUGCCUGGUCGUGUGUAGGAGUUGUCUGCAAAUCUCUAAAUGUGAAGUGAUUACCAUGCGGGGGGAACUUUCUUGGACGUGGUUGUGGAGUUGUGAUGUCGAGCACGGUGAUGUUUGCCCCUCGUUCACCAACUGUGAAAUUCUUGCUUAACGUGUGUUUUUCUAAGAUACCAGAGUUUGGAGGGAAUCAUGGAUCCUGUCAGCUUUUGACCUUCUUUGUGUUGACUUCAGUGGAAUAAAUUAAUAAAAAUUAA